AUGGCCCUGAGAUGGAUGCAGAGUCCGUCUAGCCGGCUGUUCGGCUGUCAGGGUCCAUCUCGCUUGCUGCUGCUGCAGAGACAUGUAUCUUCAUCCUCAUUCUCUACUUCGGCUAGAUGCCAGUCCUAUGAAGAUACGCUGCCGACGCUCAAGAUAGGAUCCCACACCCGAGUUCUCUUUCAGGGGUUUACUGGUAAACAGGCGACGGCCAAUGUCAAGGAGUCACUGGCAUGGGGGACCAAGAUAGUUGGUGGCGUUAAGCCUGGAGUCGAGGGUGAACAUCUAGGACUGCCCAUCUUCCCAUCGGUUCGCGUGGCACACGAGAAGGCCAAACCAGAUGCCUCAGCUGUAUAUGUGCCCGGAAACCAGACUGCUAAAGCCAUAGAAGAAGCCCUCGAGGCAGAAAUACCCCUUAUCGUCGCUGUGGCUGAACAUGUUCCCAUCCACGACAUGCUAAGAAUACACUCCAUGCUCAAAACACAGUCCAAGUCUAGACUGGUCGGACCAAACUGUCCCGGGAUCAUCUCUGCCAUUGGCAAAUGUAGAAUCGGGUUCCAGCCUCUUCCAUGCUUUGCACCAGGGAAUAUAGGCAUAGUAGCCAAAUCAGGCACGUUGGGAUAUGAGACUGUUGCAUCCACCACCAGAGCUGGGCUAGGGCAGAGCUUAUGUAUAGGUAUGGGUGGUGACGUGCUUGCUGGCACUGACUUUGUAGAUGCAUUAAAGGUGUUUGAACACGACGACGAUACCCAUGGCAUUAUCAUUGUGGGUGAGAUAGGUGGUGAGGCGGAGAUGGAGGCUGCAGAGUGGAUCGAGGGGUAUAGGAGGAGGACAGCAGCGGCAAAACCGAUAAUGGCGUUGGUCGGCGGUAUUGAAGCUCCACAUGGUCGGGUUAUGGGCCAUGCAGGCGCAUGGACGGCAGCAGGCGAACCAAAUGCCAGGACCAAGAUACAGGCUUUGCAGUCUGCGGGAGUGGUCAUGGUUGAUCAUCCGGAGAAGUUCGGUGAGGGUAUGAAGGCAUUGUUGGCUGGGGCUAGCAGAAGGCCUAAACCGGUAUCUUCCGGACCUUAUAUGCAACGGUCAUCAUAUCACACUUGGACCAGAAGGUGUCCACAGAACAGUCUACCGUAUAGACCAACAGGCUCUUCUCAAAAGAGAAACCUAUACAUCAAGUCCUCUGAUGCAGUCAGCCUCCUCAAAGACCAAAACAUUUCCGCCCUUGAGUCCAAGGGGCCAGCUAAUUUCACUCUUGCCAUUGCUGUAGACCGUAAAUCAUGCGGUCCCUGCAUAGCCGUCAGUAAUAGCACCGAUGGCAACACCCACAGGUUCCCAUUCAACUAUCACACACGAAACUUUGACAUUGCAUCUAUUGCGGAUAUCCUUGGCUUUUCCAAAAACCAUCCCGUGGCUAUCGAGUCCUUAGAGAAGCUUCUGCAUGGGUUAAUGAACAUAUUUGUGUCCAAGGAGGCAUUCAUUCUUGAGAUUAAGGCUAGCAUCACUCCGGAUACACAGGGUAUACAUGUGCUUGAUACGCGGUUUGGGUUCGAUGACGCUGCGCACCGUAGCUCGGGAAGACAGAGUGAUAUCCAUGGCUUGCGAAACAAAGCUGAAGAGGUCCCUGCUGAAGUUGAUGCAGAGAAGGACGGCAUAGUGUAUAUCACCCUUCCCGGAGAAGGUCGUAUAGGAACACUAGUGAACGGCGCUGGCCUGGCCAUGAACACUGUGGACGCCCUCACCCUACACGGUGGAAGCUGUGCCAACUUCCUCGACACAGGCGGCAAAGCCACCGCAGAAACAGUCAAGUCGUCCUUCCGAGUCAUCCUAUCUGAUCCACGAGUAAAGAGCAUCUUUGUCAACAUCUUUGGCGGCCUUACCAAGUGUGAUAUGAUUGCCGAAGGUAUCAUCAUGGCCUUCCGUGAUCUGGGUAUGAAUGUUCCUGUAGUUGUAAGGCUAAGAGGAACAAAUGAGGAACUCGGUCAAAAGAUGAUAGCUGAGAGCGGCCUUCCCCUGCACGCCUUUGACUCUUUCGAACAAGCCGCGAAGAAAGUCAUCAGCUUGUCGAAGUAA